AUGAAUUUGAACGGAAGCACGGUUGCUAACUCCUCCAAUCCUGUUGCUUCUGUUGUCACCACCUCAACCGUUGCUGUCAUUAACAGGACCAAAAUCCGUACUCCCGGACCGCAUCCACCGUCAUUACAACCGCCGGUGACGAUUCCGGCCUUGAGGAACCACAGCGUUGGGAUGGAUGGUGUGGCGUCCGGUGUAUCCGGUAGCGGCCACUACGAUGACAGUUCUACUGUAUCCACGACCAAAGUUACGCUGACAAGCACCCCCAGCACCCCUGCCGCCGCUACAGCCGCCGCCGCCGCUGCUGCAGCCGCUGCCGGGGUCGCUGGGAGCGGGGUUAACAGUGGGGGUGUUUUGACGACCACAGGUCUCCUCCAAAGUGGUGCAGCUGCCGCCGCCACUGCCGCCGCCGCCGCCGGUACGACGGUGAGUCCAGUGAUGUCGGACCCAGGCUAUGGUCUGCGGCAUCCGUGGUGGCCGGCUGUUAGCGUGGCCAUUUCCAUGACAAUAUUUUUGUGUGUUUCCUUUUUGCGCCACCAUCGGAAAUUCCAGAUGAAAAGGCGCGCCCUUAUCGAGUACAUGGAGUAUGAAUUAUUGAGGAACGCUUCUUUCAGUGCCGGUAGCCUGGCUUCCCCUUCUCGAAGGCCCCCUAACCCCCACGGAGACAUUUCGCCCCGGGGCGUCCCCACACAUAUCCCCUCACACUCCAACCCCUCCCAGUCGAACACUUCUCACCUGUCGUAUUUCCAACACCCACACCACCACCCACCACCAAAUCACAUGUCGGCGGCCGCGUCGUCGUCGACAGCCUCGGCAUCUACAUUGUCAAAUUUAGCGACGACGACGACGACGCACGGCGACGCCGCAUCCCAUCACCAUCACCAUCACCAACUUCAUCAACAUCAUCAACACCACCACCACCAGCAACAACAACAACAACAACAACAAAAACAACAGCAACAACAACAACAGCACGCGUCCGAUAAUGCUAGUUACGUUGCUAAUUCGUUGACCGAUCGCAAACGAUAUAAUAAUGUUCGACACAACGACCCAAGUCAACAUGUCGCACUCAAUGGAUACCCAAGUAAGUUCAUUCAACGUUUUCUCCAGCCGAACGUAUUUCCUAGCGGAUUAGAAGGCACUUCAAAUUUUACCGAGUCGGCUUGUUGCGAACAGUCGCGCGAUUUCUGUGAUCACCCGCUCGACAAGAAGGAGUCUUUCUCCGCGAGAAAAGGGAGUAAAAAAUACAAACAGUCAAGAUCAAGGAAUGACGACAAAUCAGGAGUUUACCGUGAGUACUUGCUAGUCACUUUGUUUGUCGCGCUUUUCCCGAACACCACAUGA